AUGAUCUCGAUCGGAGUUCUACUUACGAUCGCGUGCGCGGUUGCCGCCAUAGAAAAUAAUUUAAAUGAUACGAACAUAGAUCAACGAGUUUUAAGAAGGCUAACAGCAAUUUUAGCUAAUGGCAAUUUAGACUCGCGGGAUAUAGCUAGACUAAACCGGACUGCCGAAAAUUUAGGUGUUGACAAAGAUUUAAUUGAUAGAUUAUUGGAGUCGCUCAAUAAUAACAUAAGAGAUAAGAACUUAGAUAAAGAUGUAGGCUAUAACGUGUACGAAGAUGUGACGGGGAAGUCCGACACCCCCAUAGUGAAUUCUGUAGAUGAAUCUCCAGAUUACGCGUCCUCUGUCGUACUGGCUAGUGAUCUGCUAUCACUGACAAGUGCUGUAGCAAAUGUAAAGGAAAAAGUUUGCAGGGAACAAGGCUAUCGAUUUCUGGAUGGACUGCUGUUAAACAAGAGAUGGGCUUUAAAAAUGUUUGAUGCUUCAGCAAAGUCUCCACAAGGGCUGCUCUUUGGAUCUUCUUACCACAUGGGAAACUUUGAUGAAUGUGUGGGAAUUAAAGAGCCGGGAGAUGGUAGGACUGUUGAAGGUCAAUAUUGUCUGGCUACAAUCAAAUGGAGACAGCGAGAGGAGACGAAAAAGAUAAGAACGGGUCGAGGUGAAGCUCUUCGUUGGGCGGUUUGCGUACCCAGUGCCUGCGACGCAAGUGCUGUCGCCGGAUUUGUUAGUGAUGUACUCUCCCAUACUGUUGGAAAUUCGACAGGUGUUAUUGUCACUGAGAGAGAUUGUUAUACCAGAAAACCUAUUACGAUUAACAAACUCGAUAUUGCAUUCUUAGGCAUACUAUUAUUUUUUGGAAUAAUUCUCCUAUCUACGACCGCCUACGAAAUAUAUUCAAUUCGUACUAGAAACAAGAAAAACAGUGUUGUGCAUGAUUUGAUUAUAUCAUUUUCUUUGAUAAAUAAUACAAAGAAAAUACUUUCGACGAAGCAAAAUAACAGUUUGGGGUUGGAAUGUGUGAAUGGGAUAAAAGCUUUGGCUAUGAUCUUCAUUAUCGCUGGCCAUGCUUGUUUGUUUAUCGGGAGCGGUCCUGUGAUGGAUGCUGAUGCUUGGGACCGGCUUAUCCGUGAUCCGACCAACGCGUUCAUGUUGAACAAUACGUUACUAGUGGAUACUUUCCUAUUCCUGAGUGCAUUUCUCUUCAGCCGCCUCUUGCUUAUUGAACUGGACAAACGAAGAGGGCGUCUGAACGUACUGCCAAUAUUGGUUUUCCGCUAUAUUAGAGUAACACCUGCAUAUUUCAUAGUUAUAUUAUUUUAUAUGACUUGGUUACCGAAGAUCGCAGAUGGUCCACUAUGGGAAGGAAAACUACAGCUUGAGCAAGAGAGAUGUAUGGAUUCGUGGUGGGCCAACAUAUUAUAUGUAAACAACUAUGUCAAAGUGGAUAAAAUGUGUAUGUUCCAAUCGUGGUAUUUAGCAGUGGACACCCAGUUAUUCUUCAUUGCACCUUUCUUUAUAUAUAGUCUGUGGCACUUCAGACGACUUGGCCCUAUAGUCACAGCUAUCGCCACUAUCAUAUCCCUCGCCGUUCCAUCCGUCAUUACGUAUAAAGAUAAAUUGGAUCCAACGCUUUUGUUUUAUGCAAAGGAAUUCACAGACUUUGCUACAAAUUUUUAUUUCGUUGAAGCAUAUAUAAGAACUCAUAUGAAGAUGACUCCGUAUUUUAUGGGUAUUCUUACGGGAUAUAUUUUACAUCGAAUUCAAUUGGAGAACUACGAAUUUUCAAACCUUCUCAAAAUCUUCGGCUGGAUUACGAGCAUCACACUGGGCACUGUAACUACUUUCUCCGUCAGUCUCUUUUACCAGGAAUGGUAUCAGUACAGUACGAUCGAAGCGGCCGCGUAUAUCUCUUUACAUAAAUUUGCUUGGAGUAUUGCCAAUGGCUGGCUUAUCAUUGCCUGUGCUACUGGGAAUGGCGGUAUCUUGGGAAAGCUUUUACAUUGGAAGUUUUUAGUUCCCAUCGCUAGACUGACUUUCUGCGCAUACUUGGUGAAUGGUAUCAUUGAGUUAUAUUACGUUGGACAACUAAGACAUCCUCUUCAUAUCACGUUCUUUACUAUCACAGCAAAUGCGCUAUCCCAUAUAAUACUUACGUUCUUCCUUGCUAUACUAUUGUGCAUAGUAUUCGAGUCUCCGUUGCAUGGGAUAGAGAAGAUAUUGCUGAGGAUGUUUGCUCGACCUGUACUAAGCGACAAUGCGCAACAAAACGAUUCGUGUCAAAUAUCAAGACAUACUAGUCAGAGUAAAUUGGACACG